GAUGCUGCCGCCCGCUCCGACUGAGCUCCAGCUCCGGUUUUUCCCUCCACCAUCCUCUCCCCCUCCCCGCCUCUCCUUUAACUCCCCCCUUCUGGGCUCGGGACUGGUUUCCUCCCUUAGCCCGCUGCCCUCAAUCCCGGCGAGGCUGGGGCUCUGGCUCGGCGUCCCCUUCCUCACUCUGGUCCAGCGACCCAUGCCGCCCCCGUCCGGACCCCGGCUCCCCCAGUCCCCCACUUAGGCCCGCGCACAAAUCCCGGGGUGCUGGCGCGUGGGCCGGGGACGCGUAGGGCGCCUGCAGACGGCUCCUGGAAGGGCUCUUCUAGGGUUGAGCGCUUUGGAGCGGGGGGGGGGGGUGGCGCGGGAAGCGGGUCCCCGUGGGAGCUGGGGGCAUCAGCCACCCACCAGACUGAUCGGAGCUCAACAACCAGACAGCCCAGGCAGUCACCCUUGGGGGUGAACGACUUUCGGGGAGUUAGUGCCCCGCCCCCCAGGCCUUGGUGGGGUCAUGGGGGCCCCCCAUUCUGGGCCGGGGGGCGUGCAAGUCGGGGCCCUGCUGCUGCUAGGUUUUGGGGGGCUUGUGUCUGGGCUCAGCCUGGAACCUGUCUACUGGAACUCGGCGAAUAAGAGGUUCCAGGCAGAGGGUGGUUAUGUGCUUUACCCUCAGAUUGGGGACCGUCUAGAUCUGCUCUGCCCACGGGCUCGGCCUCCUGGCCCCCACUCCUCUCCUAGUUAUGAGUUCUACAAGCUAUACCUGGUAGGGGGUGCCCAGGGCCGACGCUGCGAGGCACCCCCUGCCCCAAACCUCCUCCUCACUUGUGACCGGCCAGACUUGGACCUCCGAUUCACCAUCAAGUUCCAGGAGUACAGUCCUAACCUUUGGGGUCAUGAGUUCCGCUCACACCACGAUUACUACAUAAUUGCCACAUCAGAUGGGACUCGGGAAGGGCUGGAGAGCUUGCAGGGAGGUGUGUGCCUAACUAGAGGCAUGAAGGUGCUUCUCCGAGUGGGACAAAGUCCUCGAGGAGGGACUGUGCCCCGAAAAACUGUGUCUGAAAUGCCCAUGGAGAGAGACCGAGGGGCAGCCCACAACUUGGAGCCUGGGAAGGAGAGCAUGCCAGGUGACCCCACCAGCAAUGCAACCUCCAGGGGUGCUGAAGGCCCCCUGCCCCCUCCCAGCAUGCCCGCAGUGGCUGGGGCAGCAGGGGGGCUGGCGCUGCUCUUGCUGGGCGUGGCAGGGGCUGGGGGUGCCAUGUGUUGGCGGAGACGGCGGGCCAAGCCUUCGGAGAGUCGCCACCCUGGUCCCAGCUCCUUUGGGAGGGGAGGGUCUCUGGGCCUGGGGGCAAGUGGGGGGAUGGGACCUCGGGAGGCUGAGCCUGGAGAGCUAGGGAUAGCUCUGCGGGGCAGUGGGGCGGCAGAUCCCCCCUUCUGCCCCCACUAUGAGAAGGUGAGUGGUGACUACGGGCACCCAGUGUACAUUGUGCAGGAUGGGCCCCCCCAGAGCCCUCCAAACAUCUACUACAAGGUAUGAGGGCGCCUCCCACCUGGCACUCCUGAAUCCAGCCCUCCUUGGGGUGCUCCUCCAGUUUAAUUCAUGGUGUGAGGGACACCUCUGGGGUCUCCUCAGCCCCCUCUGCCCCACCAGCUCUUUUGAUCCUCCUGGCUGUUGCCCUUGUCUCCACUUUUAGGAUUCUCUUCCACUGCACCCCCUCCUGCUCUGUUUGGCCAUGGGUAUCCCUCUGUGUCUGCAUUCCUUGGGGAGGGGGCACAGGCUCAGCCUCCUCUCUAUGACCCAUGUAUCCUUGUCCACCUCACCCACCCAGAAUAGGGGCGGGAACAGUCUAUCUUGGUUGGCACCUCUUUCUUUCUGCCUCUCACUGUUUUUCUCUUCUCUCUAUCUCUUAUUCUUUCUCUCUCUCCUGCCUCUAGGUCUGUUCUGUUCCUCUUCCCUAGCAACCUCCUCCUUACAUCUCCUUUUAUCCUCUUGGCUUCUUACCCUGUGCCUCUUCCAUCUCCUGUGUGGGGUGUCAAAGCAGUUCUCCCCUUAGCUCUUGGCCCCCCUUCUGACCUCUCAUACCAACUCCUCCCCUCCAGUCCGCCAAAAAUGGGGGCCUUAUGGGGAAGGCUGUGGCACUCCACUCCAGAUCAGGGCAUGGGCGGCAGGGCCUCCUCUCUGCCUGCCCCAGGCCUCUACAAACUUACUCCAGCCAUUUGGGGUGGUUGGGUCACCACAGCUACCAUGAGAAGAAGUGCCCCGUUUUGUCCAGUGGCUGAUAACAAGAUACGAACCAGUUGGGACAUUAUGGACUUGGCCUGAUGCUGAAUGGGCCACUUGGGACAGGAAGUGACUGCUCCAGACAAGAAGUGACCAGGCCUGGACAGAAAUGGCCUGGGAAGUGGCAGAAGCAGUGCAGCAGGAACUGGAAGUGCCUUCAUCCAGGACAGGAAGUAGCACUUCUGAAAUAUGAAGUGGUCUGGCUGGAACUCCAAGUGGCUUAGUCUGGGGGUUGGGGGUGGGAGGUGGAUGGUUCUUGCCCUGUGGAGAAAGGGGCAGGAGGAACUUCCUGUUUCAGGAGGAAGCUGGAACUUAACUGAUGGUGAGAGGACAGAGGUGGGCUGAGAACUUUCUUAGUAUUUCAGUGGCACUUCCCAAGAUCUCCCUUUCCUUGUGCUCUGUGUGAUUUUAGGACAGCUGAGAUGAUUGCCAUCUGUUGUGGCAAGCCCAAUUUGUCUUGUUCUUCCCUUCCCGUGUUCCGAUAUAAUCUCUGUUGAUCAACAGGACUACCCCAAGAGCCCAUGUCUUUUCCCCCAGUAACCAGAUGGCUGUCUUGUUCGUCCAAUCCUCCCUUCAAACUCAACAGCUCUCUUCUUAGUGACCAAAAUGGUGGCUAUACUGAGUGGUUUAGCUGACAGUGGUACUUAGCACGGGCUGCUGUUUCUAUAGUGACCAGCCUAUACCUCGUCCUGUUAUCUAGUGCACAAUCAGCUGUUGCCUCAGUUUCCUCCCAGCUCAGUUUUAUUAGAUCAAAGCUGCCCUUGGGCACCAAGUUGGCCACCUCAGUCACCAGCCAAGAUGGUUGCUUUGUCUACCAGAGGCUGUCAUCUUUCUGGUCUGCAGUUCCCAGCUCCUUCCAGGGAACAGGAAGUUGAUAUUGCCAUGGGGGAGGUGACAGGAAUCAGCCGUCACCUCAAUAGAUUUACUUUAAAAGGGAAAUUUGAACAACAAAAACAAAAAACAAAUAAAAAACUAAAAAAGUUGA